CUGUGUAUGUUUGAAAUAAAUAUACGAACACCGGCUAAGCAAACUUACGGUACGGUCCAGCGUAUGAACUAUUGCAAGAACUAUGCACAUUCAAAGAUCUAUGUUAAUUUAAAUCCUACAUUAUAUGCAUCGGCGAUACGUAUAUAACGCUUACUGUUUUUUGUGAUAAUAGUGUCUAUCAGAAUGACUUACUUUCAAAAUGUAAAGGGAUUUUUUCAAAAUGGCUGGGAUUGGAUCAAGACUUUUACUUUUGGCAUUUUUACCAAAAUAGCCGAGCUUGUAGCGAUCGUAAGCCUGACAGUAUAUUACUUUGCUGAGUCAUUUUUACUAACUAUAUCACCUUCGUUUUUAAUUCCUCAAAAGGAGAUAAGAGGUAAAGUUGUUCUAGUCACAGGAGGAGCAGGAGGAGUAGGAAAAGAGUUAGUAAUAAGGCUUGCCUACAAUAAAACUAAGGUUAUUGUUUGGGAUAAUAAUGAAAAAGCUUUGGAUAAAUUAAAAAAUAUCUGCAGACAGAAGAAUCUUGAUAUCACUACGUACGUUGUGGACAUUACACAAAGAGAACUAGUAUACAAAUAUUCAAAAAUAGUCAAAGAAGAAUUUGGAGUAGUAGAUAUUUUAAUUAACAAUGCAGGGAUUGUAUGUGGUCAAACUUUAUUAGAAAUCCCGGACUAUAUGAUUGAGAAAACUUUUAAAGUGAAUAUAAUUUCACAUUACUGGACUACCAAAGCAUUCUUGCCUGAUAUGAUUAAACAAAAGAAUGGUCAUAUUGUAACGGUAGGCAGUUUAACAGGAUUUCUUGGCACUUACAAAUGUACCGAUUACAGUGCCACCAAGUUUGCAACGAUAGGAUUCCACGAAAGCUUAAUGACAGAGCUUAAAACUCAUGGACACCACAGAAUAAAAAUGACUCUUAUAUGUCCUUACUUUAUUAAUACAGGCAUGUUUGAUGGCUGCAAACCAAGAACUUUGCCAAUGUUAGAACCAAAAGCUGUGGCCUCAAGAAUAAUUCAGGCAAUAAAAAGGGAAGAAAUUUUAGUGACAAUGCCAGGUUUUGCCAGAUAUAUUUUGCCGCUUAGAAAUUGUAUACCUCCAAAGUUAGCCUGGGCACUAAUAAUCAAGGUAAUUAGGUUUCCUCAAUCAAUGAUGGGUCUCCGAGCAUUUAAUGAAGUCGAAGCAGCUUAAAUAGUCAAAAUGGAACAAAUUAAUAAACGCAAAAAUUUAGUAUUGUAUACUUAAAUAGACUGUUUAGACUUAAAUAUUGUUAAUUUUUUAAAAAAUAUUCUAAAGCUUGAGACUAAUUGUAUUGUAUUUGUUUAAUAAAAUAAAAAUUAUUAAUUUGUAGGGA